CUCGUCUUCCUCUCCUUUUCUCCGCAGCCUCCGUUAUUACCGGUCACUCGGUGUAAAGGAGAAACCGGGCAUUUCGCCCUGACUUGGUGGAAUAACACCUUUUUGUAUCUUUAUCCUUUUUUCCCACUGGGUGUUGCGAGCGCGCAGCUGCUGUGCGCCGGUGUAGAUUCCUGUGAAUGGUGGAUUUGGCAAACAUGGAGACAGUGGAGAAGGAAUGCGGGGCCCUCGGGGGACUAUUCCAGGCGAUAGUGAAUGACAUGAAGUGCUCCUAUCCUGUGUGGGAGGACUUCAGCGCCAAGGCCACCAAGCUGCAUUCCCAGCUCCGAACCACUGUCUUGGCUACUGUGGCCUUCCUGGAUGCCUUUCAGAAAGUGGCAGACAUGGCUACCAACACCAGAGGGGCAACCAGAGACAUUGGUUCAGCUCUUACCAGGAUGUGCAUGAGACAUCGCAGUAUCGAGGCCAAACUUCGUCAGUUCACAAAUGCUCUGAUGGAGAGUCUGAUCAUUCCACUCCAGGAUAAGAUUGAAGACUGGAAGAAGACAGCCAACCAGCUGGAUAAGGAUCAUGCCAAAGAGUAUAAGAGGUCGCGCCACGAGAUCAAGAAGAAGUCAUCUGACACCAUGAAGCUGCAGAAGAAGGCUCGUAAAGAGAUGCAGGGGCGAGGAGAUCUGCAGCCCCAGCUUGAUAGCGCCAUGCAGGAUGUGACCGACAUGUGUCUGCUGAUGGAGGAGACGGAAAAGCAGGCGGUGCGUCGUGCUCUGGUGGAGGAAAGGGGGCGCUUCUGCACCUUUAUUGGCUUCCUUCAGCCAGUUGUGAAUGGAGAAAUCUCCAUGCUGGGAGAGAUCACCCACCUCCAGGCCAUCAUCGAUGACCUCACUGUGCUGACAACUGAUCCCCACAAACUGCCCCCUGCCAGUGAACAGGUGAUCAAGGACCUCAAGGGAUCUGAUUAUAGCUGGUCCUAUCAGACUCCGCCAUCAUCCCCAAGCAGCUCUGGUUCACGCAAGAGUAGCAUGUGCAGCAGCGUCAACAGCGCCCACAGUAGUUCCUCCCGUUCGUCAGGGGGAGGUGCAGGUGUGGGUACUAGUGGAGGAGGCUCCCAGCCACACUCACCCUCCUCCUCCUCCUAUCGCUACCGCAGCAGCCUGCCACCACAGCAGCCUCCGCCUCCGGGGGGAAUCGCCGCCCACCGACUCAGCAGCGUUUCCUCCCACGAUUCCGGCUUUGUGUCCCAGGAUGCCAACAUCUACUCCAAGCCUCCUUCUCCUAUGCCCUCAGACAUCACUAGUCAGAAGUCCUCCAGCUCUGCAUCAUCAGAGGCUUCAGAAACAUGCCAGUCAGUCAGUGAAUGCAGCUCCCCCACUACUGACUGGUCCAAAGCAGGUCAGUAUGAGCAGCCUGUGGCUGCAGCACCGGUUCAGAGGAGAAAGGAGCCUGUUGAUAGGCUGAGGGAGAGCGAAGGCUCGCCAGGCUCCCAGGGAUACGUCGCAGCGUCACACCCAGAAAAUGGGCAGAGGCCUCGGAUGACACCAGCUACAAUUGCUGCCAAGCAUGGUGAGGAGGUUUCUCCAGCAGCCAGUGACCUAGCCAUGGUACUGACCAGGGGGCUAAGUGUGGAGCAGCAGAAAAGCAGCCGAGACUCCCUGCAAUACUCCAGUGGAUAUAGCACAGAGACAACAACCCCAUCCUGCUCUGAGGACACAAUCCCUUCCCAAGGUUCAGAUUACGACUGCUACUCUGUGAACGGUGACACUGAUGGCCCAGAUGGCCAGGCAGAGUUUGACAAGUCCUCCACAAUUCCUCGCCAUUCCAACAUUGCCCAGAACUACAGGCGCAUGAUCCAGACCAAAAGGCCAGCCAGUACAGCUGGAUUGCCCAGUGGGGUCCUUGGUCCAGGAGCUCAUGUGAUACCAGGACAACCAGGUGGAGCUGGUGGUGGGGGAGGAUCAGGUACUCCCGGCACUGCCACUAUUCGUCGAACCCCAUCGACCAAACCAGGAGUGAGGCGUACACUGUCCAGUGCAGGGCCUAUCCCUAUCCGACCACCCAUUGUGCCUGUCAAAACACCCACCGUUCCCGCAGACUCGGAUUCACCUGGCGCAGGUGGCUAUGCAGGAGGAGGGCAAGCAGGUGGCGUGCCCGUUCGAGUGGGUAGUGAAGAGUGCGUGUUCUUCACUGGGGCUGAGGAUGGGCAAGGAGGGCUUGAUUACGUGAAGGCAUCACCAAAGCGCCUCAGCCUGCCCAACACUGCCUGGGGGUCAGGGGCAGCACUAGAGGUCUACGCCCAGCAACUUGGCACCCUUGGCAUGGUGUCAGGCUCAGGAGCUGGAUCAGAAGUGGAGCAGAUGAUCGCAGCAAACCGGCACAGCUUAGUGGAGAAGAUUGGCGAGUUGGUAGCAAGCGCACAUGCUCUUGGUGAGGGUCAGUUUCCUUUCCCCACUCUCCCAGAUGACCCAACCCCAACACCAGGGGGCCUGAGUGAAACUCAGCCAGAAACAGAAAGGGCCGAGGGGUCUGGUGAUAUGCUGACCACAAUCAGGAGAGGAGUUCGUCUUCGCAAAACGGUCUCUAAUGACCGCUCGGCUCCCCGUAUAUUGUGAUUAGCUAACAAACCUGAACAAAGGAGGAUGGUUGUCAGCUGAUAGAAGGUUAAAUGUUGGUGUCGUAGGACCCAACCAACUAGUGCAUACACAAAAACAUAAUCAUGUUGGAAAAGCUAUAACAUAACAGAGGAUGAAUAAAAAGAAAACAUAUAGAAAAUGUUUAAAGACUCCUUUAGAGUUAAUGAUAUACAGUCUAAUAUGAUGAUAACAUAAGUAAUCUUAACCAGUGCUGACAAUUACAAGUGAAAUACUUAAUAUUGACCGGCUCCUAGCAGGCCACUAUAACUAAUGUGUGUUGGACGCAUGUUUGCCUUCUAUUCACCCUCAAACAGGGAUGGAGAGACUUGGAAGAAAACAAUAUUUUAAAUUAAUGGAUGCAAAGAAAGAACACUGGAUUCUGUUCUGUUUGCCAACUUACCCCUCCCCCUAUCCUGUUGUCCAACUAACCCAGCUUACUGAUUCCAGAUGAAAGACUGAUGACUGAAGGAAGGGGCUGAUGAAGACCAGAGAGAGAGAGGUGGGGGACUCAUAUUGCUUUGUGACCAGCUAGAAUUGAAUCCAGGUUGUCUUAACAACGAUGCACUGUGCUGAUAAGGCCAUCAAACCGCUUGGUACGAGUACGGGGAGCUAACAAACCAGAUGGUCGCUCUGGUUCCCCAUGAUGUAAAAACAGUGUUGGUAUUGAGCCGUACUUGUUGCCUAAUCUCCUCUCUCUCUUUCUGUUCAUUUUACACAUGCAUUCGUAUGCAUGUGGGAACAUGUACAUUGGAGUGUAUGGGUAGAUGUGGUUGAUUAUGUGUGGGUGUGCGUCUGUGUGCAAGCAGGGGUGGGUAGAGCUCUGCUGCAGGACAGCUGGUUACCCAACGAGGGCAGGGCUUUUUUCUCCUGUGUGUUAUGUGCAUAUUUUCUUGUUUAUAUCGUGAUGUCGUUUACCUUGUUACCACUGUAUGGGAAGUUAUUCAGGCGUAUAGAUAUAUUCAUAUAUUUUUUAGAAGCAGAGAGAGAAAAAAAAAAGUUAAAUCAGAAACGGAGCAAUAAAUGUGGUUUAUUUUCUUGUUUUAAGGAAGCGGUUCGAUUUGGAGGAUUGCAAGUUCUCCUUUGUCCCAUUCAGGCAAUCAUCAGGAAAGCUAAAUUACAUAUCGACUGUGAAUUCAUGCGUUUUUCAUGCGCCUCUCUCUCUUUCUCUCUCUUUUUCUCUGUCCCAGUUUCUUUCUAGUAAAUGAAGUGAUUACAAAAAUUUGAAAAAAUAGAAACUGUAAGCACUUUGAUGAGAGUAGAGUCUGUACAAUAGCCAGUAGUUUUUGAUGUAGUCAUCCUGGGGGGGGGAGUUAAAGCAAUGACUGCGUCCUGAGGAAAUUAGAAGAAGACAGUGAGGAGCAAAGAGAACGUGAAGAAGACUGGUAGCACUAGAGUGAUUGGUUAAAUGCGAGACAUGUUUGGAAAGUGUAGGAGAAUUUUAAUCUGAAGAUGGGUCCGGUGUUAAGGCUAUACAAAUUAUUGCCUGUUGUGGAUUGAAAUGUUUGUCUGCAUAGGUAUUUUAAGGACUGAAGACGUGCUGGAAAAAAUAUGUUUUACCGAGCAAGAAGAUUUUUGGAGACAUGCUUCAGGUUUCUAGGCCUCAGUCACCCAGAUGAAACUUUUUGCAAAUGGAAAAAUACCUCCCAGUACUUUAAAGCACAUUGAGUUGAUUGCAACGUAAUUUAAGCACCAUCUCAGGAAAGGGACAUCACAUCUAAGUUUUUUUAUUUAUUUGAGUGUAAAGUAAAAAAAACAAAAAACAAAUUUAAAAUAAAAAUAAACUACAAAACUUGAUUCCAAUUAGGCGGAAAUUAAAAUGAAAACACUUCCAGAAUACUGAAGAGUUUCAUUUUGUGUGCAAACACAACAAAACAAUAUCAGCUCAUUUGAGAGAAUUGUACAUAUUAUUUUAAUCAUAGACUUAAGCCUUGAACCCAGCUGAUCCAGCCUUAUCUUGUGUCAAUUACAUUUCACAAUGCUCAAUGUUACAGUAUAAUAACACAGUAACACUUACAAGCUAUUACUAUUUUCUAAAGUGUAGAUAAAAUACUAAACCCCAAAUUAUUCACAGCCUUGGAAUAUUUGCAUUGAAGUUAUUUUCAAUCAACCAAGAAGUUUGUUUCUAAUAGGAAAUUAGACAGCUGUGUCUCAAAAGAUAAACAAUUUAAAAUGAGUGUUAAUUUUGAAAACUUAAAUGAUCUAUAUUAUUUACAUUUUAUUCAAAAAUGGCACGAGAAAAAAUAUUUAUACCCUUGUGGAAAACAUUAUACAGGCAUUACUGCAAUCAAACACUUGAUGAUAUUUCCACAGGUAUCUUGAUGAUUUAUCUUUGGUAACAAGUUAGCAUUUGUCCUGUCUAUGACUAGAACUACUUUAGUCGAAAAACCUGGUGAUAGUUUACAACAUCAUAUAGACAAAUAUUGAACAUGGAGUUUGUAAGAGAUAUAGUAAGAAGUAAAAUGUCCAAGGUUUUAUACUUUUAUAUGGCAAACAAGUUAAUUAGCAGUUACUUUGGGCCAGUCUUUUGGACAUUAGAUGUGAAAGUCAUCUUUUAAAGCUACCAUUUUUCUUCUGACUGGAAGUAAUAUUAACAUUUACAAGUGACCCAACUAGAGUCCCAACUUGAAUCUUAUUCAAAAUCUGUGGAGGGUGCUAAAGAUUAGGGUGAAAGCAAAGAGGCCUUCCAACAUCAAGCACUUAGAGCUCAUCUCCAAAGAUAAGUUGUCAAAAUACUUGUGGAAACAUCCAUAGGAAACAUCUUUUGAGAUGCCCAUUUCAUUUCCUAUCAGAAACAAACCUUGGCUAAAUAAAAAUACAAUCAUCUACACAAUUUGGGGGUUAACUGUAGUUGCAGUCAAAGCACAUUUGUUGGAUUUGUUCCUAAAUGACACUUUUAUCAAAGCUACGGUAUGGAAAGAUAUUUCCUAAAGGAUUCAAAAGAGUUGCCCGAAAAAUCUUCCAGAUGAAAAGUGUCUGCAUUUAGGUACUUUCAAAGAAAUUCUCAAUGGUCAAAGAAAAAAAGGAAACAAAACAAACAAACAAAAAAAACCCUAGGAAACCCAGCACAGUUCAGCUUAGUUUUGUGCCAAUCAUUAAGUUAAGCUCAGGACAAAACGUUAUGAAAGUAUGAUCUUUAAGAUUUGAGAAUUGGUUAAGCCUUUUUGAUGUGCUUGCUGUGGGAGGAUACAGAUCAGUCUUUUAAAGUUGACAGGAAGAGUUAAAGAAGUGUGGAAUGAGCAUUUCACUGCCUCUUCAUACAAUAUGUACUGUAUGUGCUGUACUUGUAAAAAAGAAUCAGGAGUACAGAUGUGGUAUAAAGGUUUGUUAGAAAAUAAUACAUGACAUGUUCAGUUUACUUUUUUAAUUUUUUGCCUUCUAUGGUACUGUUUAAAUACCACGUCUUGCUCUUAUUGUAAAAAUAAGGGGGGAAAAGUCCUUUGGUAACACAAAUUACUAAGCUGUGUAACAUAUGGAUGUAGGAUGUAAGGCUAAGAUUAAGUGUGUGAGUAAAUGAGUGUGUGUGUGAGCGUAUCCUUGUUUGGCUGUUGAUCUUUUGGCUUAUGAACUCUUCGUCACCAAGUCUGUACACUCCUCCAGCAGUGAUAUGAACAUAAGCAUUAAUAUGAGCUCUUAGAUUUUGGAAAUUUAGACCCUCCAACAGCAAAUAAUACUUCCAGAGGGGUUACAUUUUUUUUUUUUUUUUAUGUCUUAGUUAAGGGGAAACCACUGUUUGGGUCUUUCAUCACAUGUGGAUGCUGUGUGCUGACUGAAUGAUGGAAUGAAGGCAAGAAUAGGAAGUGUUGAUUCCAUUCCUAUAAAAUGUUUCUUUUAUUAUGCAAGUAAUUGUUUAUAGUUUUUUGUCUUUAGAUAACCUGCCAUUAAAUGUAUACAUGCAUAUGAUGAAUGUACUGAUGAGUUAAAGGCUAAAUCAAUUCCAGAGCUUCAAAGUUUAACAACUUAAAUCAGUAUACAACAAAAAUAGGAGGCCGGCAAUUUAGUGGCAGGCAUUUACAUUUACACUGGUAUUUCACUGUGGGUAUGACAAAGGAAAAUACUACAGUUUUUUUCCUUAUUACAUAUUUAUCUUACCCUUCAAAAGUGGUUCCAUAGUGUAUAGUUUUGAUCUAUAAAUUUCUAUAAGCUACGGAAGUACCUACUUAUUGUCCACAAAAAGCAGCUUCUUAAAGGUUUUUUUGUUUUUUGUUUUACGACCCUGUGGAAAGAAACCCAUAAAAAGUAAGUGUUACAUAAUUUAUUUGCUCUAUUCCAACAUACACACAUCAACUCAGUAACAGAACUAGAUUUUUUUUUCCAAUCCUGUUCUCCUUUACAAAAAGUCUGGCUGGCUGUAGGUUUUGGUUUAACAUGAGGAACAGAAACGGCACGGUUAUUUACUCCAGAACACCAAUUUAGGCAGACUGUAAUGAUAAAUUACCAGAUAAUGAAUUAUUUUGAGUAACGAGAUGUGAUUUUAUGGUCUCAUUUUAUGGUGAUCUUGAGGUGAAAAUAAAUUAACAAUAAGUUAAUACCAAAUAUUGUAAUGUUUAUUUUUUUUUGUAUUUGUUUACAGAAAUUGAAUAAAUCCCACGCUGUGUUCUCCAGAAUCUCUGUUUAGGGUAGAAUUAGUCAUUUCAAGUUUUACCACACAAAACAUUUUAGAGUUUAAAAUAGAGCUGAUAUCAUACAGUCUAGACUCGUGAAAAAACUGUGAAAUUGCCCUUUAGCUCAGCAGAGGACAUUCCCACCAAAGCACUGUUGGUGGCUAAUGGUUAGCCAAUCAUGGUAUUCUUACAUUGCCAACAAAACAUUCGUAUCUUGUCAGUGAAGGAGUAAUUAACAAUUACAUUAACAAUUAAUAUCACUAAUUAACAAGUUUUAGUGGGAAUUUAUGCACCUUGAUUAAUAAUUUAACUCCCAGAAAUAAGGUUUCCGAAAACAGAGAAACAUAAUAAUAAACAUGUAGCAAACUGCUGAAGAGAGGGGCGGGGCGAGGUAUAAGGUAACAUGAAAACAUGCUAAAAAGAGCUGACUAGCCACAUUUGACAUGUACAUGAUGGGGAGGUUCCAGCUUGGCCCACGUCUUUUCCUAGACCAGAAAUAUAAAAUUAUUUAUUCACUGAUUGAAUGAGUGUUUUAAAAAUAAAGGGUAUUUACCGAACUACCGGGUGAAGAUUUUUUGCAGACAAAUAAAUGUGUUUGUGACUGAAAACUCAGUUCAUCCAGGGGAACUCAUUGGUUUUGGUCACUUUGUGGCAAAAUUACGCCUCUUUUUUCAAUCAGAAUUUGCUCGUCGGCUAAUGUGUUCAGUCAGUUUCUCUAUAUUUUUCUUUUGAAGAGUUAUCAAAAAUGCUGUCAAGAAGUAUUGAAAAGAUGUAGUUUUCUCUAGUGCUUACAUAACCAAUAAUUGUUAGUUAAUCCAAUUUGUAGUCUUUAUUUUACCCUGUCAAACACAAUAUGACAACUCAAUAACCAUAUUACUUCAAAAAAGUGUCUAACAUUGGAACACAAUGUCAAGUUUAGAACCGUCAUGUUGAGUAAUAUUAGCAUAAACCUACGUAACCAAAUGUGGUCCACUGGAUAACACUUAAGCAGGUAGAUUUAGGCUUAGAUGAUAAAUAUUGUGAAUGUUUAAUUUUGCAAGUUCUUAUUCCAAAAGAUAUUGUUACACUUCUACCAGUUAAGCCAAGCUAAUCCAACAAAACAAUGUUUUACUGUGAUUAAUUAUUUCACACCAAACUGACUGUCUCAACAAGCUGCUCAAGUGUCAUCUUUUUCUGAAUAACAGGCCAACCAAAAUAUAGGCAAAGCUGCAGUCUGUUUGUGCUGACAAAUGAACAUAAAGGUACAUUGUGCCAGCUUGCAUGCUCCAACAUAGGCACAUAUUUUCAAAUUGCUUCGAAGCACUCUUUGAUAAACUAAAGCAAGCAGCAGGCAGCUUUGCAUAAAUUCAGGCCUUUUUCAGCAGUUGAGGUCUUUCAUCCCUCACCUCUCUAUUUAGACCCUCAGUAUUUCCUGAGCCCUCAUCUUCUUCCAUAGAUCAGAACACCCCGAGAUGGUGUGCAGCAGGCAAAUUAGAAACAGUGCUUGUCAUGGUGGAUGGCGGGAGCCCCAAAUGGCUGUUUUCUGUCUCUUUGUGCCUCUUAGUCUAUCAAAGCUAAUGAAAAAUUAUUGUGAUGAAGUCUUAAUUUCAAAUCUACGUCCUCUGUGAAUAAACUCUUUGCUCUGUUUAUUAUCUCAGUUUUUCCAUUCAUUUAUUCCUUACACCAUCCCUCUAUAUCUAUUAACUUCAAGUUGGCGAGAUGUGUGCAAAGGUGCAAAUGUGGGCAUGUGUUGUAGUGACUAACACGUCCUGGAUGGGUAGUUCUAUAAGUUGGAAUUGUUAACUGGGGUAAACUUCUCCCUGGUGGAUGCACUAAUGGGAGCUGUUUUCAAGGCAAGCAGAUGGAUGUCUAACACUUCAUCUCAAUGCUAGACUACAUUUUAAUUAAUUUUGAUCAGGCAUUAAAAAAGGUUUCUUGGCAGCAUCCCAAAUGCAGCUUAAUGUGAUAUUCAUUGUUUCUCAGUGAGCUUCUGUGCAAAAAACCCCCACAGAAGGUCAAGCAGCUUUAACAUUAACAAGGGUGCAUUAAAAAUGUAUAUUUUUGCAUAUAAUUUGGUCUUUUAAUCAAUUCAAUUACAUUUUCCAAUCACUGGGUUCAACACGAUUUCCUUGAUUUUUUUCACAGUGUAGGUUUUUGUUUUACUGAACUACAAGAUCAUCAGAUAUCAUAGUCACACCUAAAAUAACUCACUUUUGUUUGCUUCAGAUAUUUGUAUGCAAAUGUUUUCGUCAAUCUUUCAUCAUUUCUGGAGACAUGACCAUAUGCUGCAGGACUUAAAGUUAAAUAAUUAAUUUCAGUGAACUAGAUGGCUGGAGGUCAUCUAGUCCAGUUAAUUCUGAAAUAGCUGUAACUGUCUUUGGUCUUUAUUUCUGUUGCAACAAAUCUCAUUUAUCUGCAGCCAUAACAAUUUCAGAACAGUAUUGUUUAUGUAAAUAAGAGAAACACUCAGUAUGAGGGUUCAUUUAUUCUAUAAUGCAAAAGAGAAGCCAGCCAGCAGUGUUGUAGUGAUUCCUUCUAUACUCAGCCAACUUGUCGUUCAAAUAUAGCCUUUCUGAUGCCAUGCAAUGCUCUUGAUUCAAACAGUGAUCUCCCAAUAGACCCUACUGAGCUAAAACUGAUUUUAUUAGUUUUUUCUAAAAACUACAGUAUAUGAGAUUUGUCAUUAGAUAAACAACUUCCUCCAUUGCCAACUUCUUUCAGCCAGUUACCUCUCUGACCAGCCUUAUGUCAGUUUCUUUGGAUAAAUAGAUUAUUGAUAUGCUGGAAGACUUCCACUGUGAGCAUUGGUUCACCACAUGAACUCAAUUGUAAAAUAUAUGGAAGGACAACAUCUGCAUGUGACAGGUAUUUCUUUUUUAUAUACUUCCGUACAUUCCCAAAUGCAUAAAAGUACAUUUUCAAGCUUUAUUUUGAAUGAUACUGCUCAUUAUGGGAGUAAUCCAUAUAAAAACAUUACAGUGCUUGUCCAUAAUCUUACAGGUUGUUCUAUGUUUGUAGUUAGACUAAAAUAAGUAUCAUGAAAUUGUUGCACACUUCCCGCUCCUAAGCCAUCUGCCCAAGUUAAAAUUUUAUUAAAUUUUCUAUGUGUGUGUGUGUUUGUGUGAAAGAGUUUGCAUGUUGAAUAAGGACACGUGGUUAAAACCCCUACUGUUCUUCGCUUCCACUUCCCACACACAAUCUGUCAAUCCUUCUUGAAGUCUGAUACUGAAGAAAUCCAAUGUACAUUCACAGACACACAUCUGAAGUGAAUAUGACAAAGGUAGAUCCUCAGUGGCCGCACAAGGGUUCACUGAUGUCCUCCAGGGGGCUCAUUACAAGUUCCCAUCAAACAGCCAUCCAUUACCAAGUAGCCAAAUCGGCCUACAGGUGCCACUGUCGCUGUAACUAAAGUGAAUGUUUUACUGUCUUUACUCAACAUCUCAGUAGUCACUCUUGCUCUCUUUCUCUUACUCCUUCUUGACAGAUAAGAUCUGAACUCUAAGAGAAAUCUCUGCUGAAGUUAACAUUGAGACAUUGUCUAUGGGGCUACUUUGUUCACCAAGACAUUGACAGUGUGAAAACCCACUUAUUCUUAUUUCUACACUAUCUGAUUAUGUAGUCCUCUCUUACCCCAAGUUGCAGUCACUGUGGUUUUGUCUAUUGUGUUUUUUCUAUGCCCCUUUGAUGUUCUUUUUCUUUAAUUUAUUGUAAAUUGAUUUUUAAGGCUGUUUUCUCUUCGUCACUGAUAUAAAGUUUUUUUCCGUCUUCUUUUUUUGAACAAUUUACCCUUUUCUGUUAAGUUCAGUCACUGCUAAUGUAUCAAAACGCACUGUGAUGAUUCCAGUAUUAAUAAAAGUUGUACUUAAACUGUG